UAGAUGAUGCAGUUCGGAUCUUCCAAGGGAUGCUGAGAUGGGAUUCAGUGCUCUGCGAUUCAAUGUACUCCGGUUAUGUUCGGAGCAGCAUUGGGGAUGAGGCUAUAAAGCUUUUUGUGGUGGCACUGAGGAAGAGCGUGUUGCCUACAGAGUUCACCUUUGCAACCAUUCUCAACUCAAGGAUGUGUUUCUGUUCAACCGAUCUUGGCAUGCAAAUCCAUUGCUGGGUUUGGAAAACAGGCUUUGAGGCAGAUAUGAUUGUUGCUAAUGCGCUGGUUGACAUGUAUGCUAAGUUGGGUUUCGUUGAGAGUGCCAUGAAGAUUUUUUCCAAGAUGGUUGCCAAGGACUUGGUCUCUUGGAAUACCAUGAUCAUGGGUUUAGCAAAAAACGGGCAAGGUGUAGAAGCUCUUAGAAUCUUCAGAGAGUUGCAAGGGAAUGGUGUCAAGCCAGAUAGGAUAACCCUGGUUGGUGUUCUUUUAGCCUGUAGUUAUGGGCAUAUGGUCCAUGAAGGGAAAAGAAUAUUUUCAUUGAUGGAGAAGAAAUAUGGAGUGAUGAGAGAUCUGGAGCAUUAUGCUUGUAUGGUGGACAUGAUGGGGAGAGCAGGAAUGCUGAAAGAAACAUUGAAUAUCAUAGAGACUUCACCUCAUAGUCAUAGCCUAUCAUUGUGGAACUUGCUUCUUAAUGCUUGUAGGAUUCAUGGGGACUUGGUAUUUGCCACAAUAAUUGCAGAGAAGCUGUUGGAUUUGGAGGCUCGCUUCUCUCUCCCUUACUUAGUGUUGGCUCAGAUGUAUGGAGUAAGUGGCAGAUGGGAGAGCAUGGCUGGUGUGCUGAAGGCCAUGGAAGAGAGAGGUGUCAGGAAGGUUAGGGAGUAUAGCUGGAUUUGCGUUAGGAAGCAUAUCUAUGUAUUUAAGACAGACCAAUUAUUCCACUGGGAAGGAAAAGCUGUAUACUCAAUGUUGCAACUCUUGGACUGGGUGAUGAAUGGCGUGGGAUGUGUUCAUGAAGAAUCCACAUUAUAUGGGGAUUGCUGUGGAGAAUGA